AUGGCCGCCUGCACCGAGGACGACUGGCACAGCGAGGCGGAUCGUGACAUUGCAGAAGAGCUGGCUCGGGUGGCCACCCGAAAUUCCAGCCUCGAGUGUGACCUUGACGUCUCGGUCACGGUGGCGCGCUCCAGCUACACGGCAACGGCGAAACGUUCGGGUGCAUUUGAGGAUAUGCCAUCUGAAAAGUCUGGACUGUCUCUAGACGAGGACAGUCUCUUGGACGGUGACCCAGACAAGGACUUCCCACCAGGAGAUGGCGCCCUCAUUUCAGGAUUCUCGGACGUUUCCCUCCCCCCGAAGCACACCAUCACAGCUGAUCCGUUGGACCUGAGCGUGUCGGAGGGCGACGACUCGUUGGGACAGCAGUCACCCGUGUCCCAGCACCUGGCGCCGAUCCCAGAGGAGCCCGAGCUGGAGGCGCUGCUCGAGAUGGAGCACCCGCCCGAACGAAGCCCCGAGGAACUGAGCACUCACAUGGAGGAGGAACCGUCUCCUCUCAUCCUCGACGCGUUGCCCAUCCCGGACCAAGAGCUCUCCACAGAGCCCGAUUUGCAUCCGGAUUCAUCGGAGCCAAAGCUCCAGAUUUCCGAGCAGUCGCUGGCUGAAUCUGCGGUUCUGCCUGAUAUCAGUGACACCUCGAAGGAAGACAAGGCAACCAGCACGGCUGAAGUCAAAGUUAUACAAGACGUACCCGUGCGGCCAAGGUCUCCUUAUCAGACGCGCAACAGACCACACCUUUCUGCGCACACGCAACCGUCACCGGUUUUGGUGCUCGAAGACCUGCCACCGCCGCCAGCCGAAAGCCAGCCAGUGCCACCAUCGCUGUCCCAGCGAAACCAACUGGGAGCAUGCCGCAACGUGGCGCCAUUGUCGGCCGAAGUUCGAGGCCCUCGUUCGGUAGGCGCUGAAGCUGCUCCACCAGUAAAAGCCAAGGGCUCCGUGGCCAAGCAGUUCCUCGAAAAGAUUGGCCAGUUGCGUGGCGCCACGGUGCUGUCUGAAGGGGGUCACGACACUUGCACACUGGCUCGGGACCUCAUGAGCAUCGAGGGUGCAAAAGCAGCCCGAAAAGUACAGGAAGAAGAGUUCGGGGAGCUUUUCACCAAGAAGCCGGCCGUAACUGGAGGAUUCGCUCCGAAAUCGCAGGCUCGGUCUUGGACCGAAACAGAUGCCGAUUCCGACGAUGAAGACUCCUCUGUGGACUUCGACCAUCUGCCCAUCCGGAGUCGCAUGGCCAUUUGGAAGAGACGAGAGGCACGCGCGAUCCGCAGGGGCCUGUGA